AUGCGCGAAGGCGGCGCACAGCGUGCUCUUGCCCGCGCCCGGCAGCCCCAUCGCCACCACCAGGAGCGGGGACACGGGGAGCGGCGGGCUGGGCGGGGAUGGAGGCGCAGCGAGCGGGACGAUGGGGGCGAGGGGGGAGGGCAAGGCGGAGGGGGUGGUAUCGGGAAGGGGGUCGGGGGAGGGCAUGUGGGGGGUUUCCAUUUGGCCGCAGUUGGCGGCGGGGGAUCCGGUGGGAAUGACGCGGAUGGGAGCGCGAGGCGGAAGAAGGACGAGAGCAUUCAGCUGUACAGCCGUAUCGAGAGCCUGAUUUCUGAGUCUGCUCGGCAAUCCCAGGGCGCUGACGCGGCAGGGCAGUGGGAGGAGGUGGAGGGCGCAUGGGUGCUGCGCCCGCCGGCCCCUCUGCAGGCGACAGCGGUGGUGCACUUCAUAGGGGGGGCGUUCGUGGGCGCGUCCCCUCAACUCACCUACCGCCUCUUCCUCACCACGCUGGCACAGAGGGGUCUGAUGGUGGUCGCAACACCAUACGCGAGUGGCUUUGACCAUCUGAGGAUCGCAGACGAGGCGCAGUUCAGAUUCGACCGCUGCAUGCGUUCCCUCUCGCUUAAAGCCCAGCCGCCCAACGAUCCCAUGGACCUGCCAGUGUACGGCGUGGGGCACUCCAUGGGCGCCCUCGUGCAUCUCCUCAUUGGUGCUCGCUACGCCGUGGAGAGAGCUGGAAACGUCUUUCUCUCCUUCAACAACAAGGAGGCCAGUGCGGCCAUACCACUGUUCUCGCCGGUCAUCAUGCCCAUGGCGCAGAGCCUCGGCCCCAUCCUCACGCAGCUGCUCAACAACCCCACCCUCAAACUCGGGGCUGACGUGGCAGUGAAGCAGCUGAGGGAUCUCAACGCACCAAUGGUGGCACAGCUGCUGCCGCUGCUGGAGCAGCUGCCACCGCUGUACCGCGACCUCUCUGAUGGCCGUGAUCAGUUCACACCUGCUCCAGCUGAGACCCGCCGCCUGGCCCAGACAUACUACGGGGUGCGGCGCAACCUGCUGGUGCGAUUCAAGGAUGACACCAUCGAUGAGACCGCUGACCUGGCGGACACGCUGGCAGCGGGCAGCGCUGUGUCAGCGUGCCUUGACCUCGCCAUGCGCACGCUGCCAGGCGACCACGUGCGCCCGCUGCGCCAGGUGGUUCCCGAGAUUCCGCAGUCUGUCGCUGACGUGGUCUCGCGAGGCAGCUCCCUGCUCGCGUCCAUGACAGCUGGCACGCCGCUCGCUGACCUGGCACGCGGCGUGCCUUAUUUCGACCUGCCCGAGCGGGUGAUCAGGUCAGCUUCUGAUUGGUUGGCGACGCAGGGCAGCAAAGACCUGGCAGCAGUGGCAGCUUUGCUCAUCCACGUGGCACUGCAUGAUAGGCCGCCAAGCGACCACGUGUCCAUCUCCAAGGAUGCGGCUCUUGCACUGCUCGCCAUUCUCCUGCGCCUGCGACCCGCCACUCUCCAACAAGUGCCCGACGCGCUGCUGCCGCCCAUAAAAGACAAACAAAGGCCGUCCAGUGCACAGCAGCCGCCCACCAAGGAUGGUGCUUCAGCAGGCAGCCACGUGGCAGAGGGGGAUAGGCUGGCGAUCCUUGCAUGGAUAUACGGGCAGGCAGCGAGGGCGGACAGGGUAGCGGGCAUGUCGCUCUUCAUCCACUGCCUGCUGCCACCUGCACUUCAUUCGGACGCUUCCCCCGCCUGCACGCACCUCGCCCUCUGCUUCCUAGAGGAGGUGGUGUUGGAGAAUCGCAGGAAGGCAUAUGCAGAGCUGCACAGGGGCGCCGUGAGGGGUGGGCUGCGCCUCGUGCCGCCUGAGGCUCUCCAUUCCUUCCUUCUCGCCGCCUUCCCUGCCAAGGGCGACUGCACCGAGUUCACUCCCCGUUUCGCCCACGCGUACCUGAUAGUGAAGCAGCUGGCGCUAGUGAAGGGCACCAUCACGGGGGACGCUGGCGACUCUGAGGCCGCCUCACAGGCCUCCCUUGCCCGUGCCCAGUCCAGCCAGGAAGCUGCAGAGAAGCUGCUUCCUCUCAUGUUUGACGCUUCACGAGAGGGGUCGGAGGAGGCGAGGGAGGAGGCGGGUGCCAUCGUGGUGUGGUGCCUCAUUGAGAACCCUGCCUGCUACUCCCAAUGGGGGCGGCUGCACAGCGGUGCAGUGGACACGUCGCGGCACAUGCUGGCGGGCGUGGAGCGGCGGUGGGAGGAGGUGAAGCUGCAGCUCGCCCCCUAUGGACCCCUCAGAGCCUUCCUGCACGCCAUCCGCCGACAG